AUGGGCUGGCUGGGGCUCUACGUCUGCAGCCGGCUGCAGCUAGGGAGCCCGCCGCCAGUAGGGGGGCCCCCAGCCCUUGUUUUGGGUUCGGGGGGCCCCACGGGGGGCCCCCAAGAGCGCCAGAGGGGCCUCAACGGCGGCAGCGCCGCAGCCCACAGAGACCCGGGUGGUCAACAAGGACAGCAGCAACAGCAGCGGCAAGAGCCGCUAGAGUUUGUUCUCGAGCUAAAGCAUGCAGCAGCAGCGACAACCGCAACAACGGCAGCAGCAGCUGCUGCGGCGCCGCUCUUGCAGCGACCUCAAGGAAAGAAGCCCACAAACCAAGUAGAGCUGCAGCAGCAGCAGCAGCAGCAGCGGCAACAACGGCAGCAACUGUGGCUGGACGCACGAAAGCAGCAACAGAAGGAGCUGCAGGCCCUGCAGCAGCAAGCAACACGGGCCAAUGCAGCAACCCGAGACGCUGAAGCUGCAGCGCAGCAAGCUCUGGCAGCUACUACACCGCGGCCCUACGGAGCCAGCACAAGCCGCGAUCGCGUAGCAGCAGCAGCAACAGCAGCAGCUGCAGCAGGCGCCGUUGCCUCCUCUUGCGAGGACUUGGGCAACGCACGUGCUGUUGCGCAGCAGCUGCUGCAGCAGCGGCUGCUGCAGCCCGCUGCAGGGUCGGACAGCAAGUUGCUGGCGCUGCUGCUGCUGCAGCAGCUGCUCGAAGCCUCUGGCUACUUCCGCAUUAUUGCUGCUGUCUUGCUCAUAGCUGCUGCACAAGCUCCGGGGGUGCGCCGCAGCAGCAGCCGCAGCAGCAGCAGAAACAAUGCCUCAGCUUUGUCAGCUUCGCUUUCGCUUCUUCAGUGGCUGCAGCAGUUCUCUGUCUUGAUGCUGCUGCGGUCCCCCAAUCCGCCGCCUCGGCGGAAGCAGCAGCAGCAGCAGCAGCAGCAGGCGCUAGCAGCUCAAACCCGCCUGCAGGUGCUGUUUCCCACGGGCACAACUGAAAUGGAAAUGCGUUGCUGCGGCAUGCUUGCUGCGAGGUGUCUGUACACUGCAGCAGCAGCAGCAGCAGCAGCAGCAGACCCCCUCGGCGUGCAGCAGGAAAUCAAAAGGUCCCUAGUGCUGCUGCAGAGCCUUGGCGUAGACAAGGCCCCCCCGUUGCCGGAAAUGGAGGUCCAAGCCAUGUGCGGCACUUCUGCGGAGGUGCUGCUGCAGCAGCAGCAGCAAAUGCUCUUGCUGAGCAGCAGCCAGAACCCAAGCCAUCAGCAGCAGCAGCAGCAGCAGCAACAGCAACAGGUUCCGCCAAAUCUGACGGCCUCGACCUCGUCAGUCGAGAUUCGCAUUGCAGAGGUAAUGUCGAGCCUGGAGCUCCUGCAGGAGCUUCUGCAGCAGCCAACUGCUGAGGGGCUGUCAAUGCUAGACUCCCUGAAGGAAGGGUUGCAGCAGCAGCAGCAGCAGCUGCAGCGGGACGCAACACAGCUUGUAGAUGAGGGACGUCUCGACCGUUUUGCAGACGUUUCAAGGCUCCUGGACACCGUGGAGGCGACUCUACAAAAUUUGGAAGCUACACGUGCCCAUCUUAACCAGGAGACUCAGCAGCAGCAACAUCAGCAGCAGCAGCAUCAACAUGGGGAGCAGCAACACGACCAGCAGCAGCAGGGACAGCAGCGCCAAGAGCAGCAGCCGCACGAACAACAGCAGCAAGAGCAGCAGCGACAGCUGGACUGGAACGAGCGGAAGCAUGACAAUGAAACAAACAGUAUAGCAGACGCAGCAGCAGCAGCAGCAGCUGCAGCAGCAGCAGUAGCAGCAGCAACAGCAGCAACAGCAGCAACAGCAGAAGAAGACCAAGGGCUUUCUGAAGCCGCUUUAACAACAGAGGGACCCACGAGCAGCACAGAUGUACGCACUCCAAUGAUUUCUGAGCAAGCAGAUUUGGCGUCUCCUGCUGCGGCACCUGCUGCAGCAGCUGCUGUUGCUGCCGUUGCUGUUCCAAGCGCAGCAGCAGACGAGCUCAUGCUUUUUGCAAUCGCUGACGAGCCCUUUGACGCGACGCAGCAGCAACUCCAACAGCAGCCGCAGAAGCAGCAACAGGAGCAGCAGCGAAAGGGGGAAGAGAACCAGGGGGUUGGAACUUCUGCUGGUGAGCUGAACACGCACAGCAGCAACAGCAGCAAGAGUCCGACAAGCAAGCGCAGCAGCAGCAGCCGCAGCAGCCGCAGCAGCCGCAAAGAGAAGCGCAGCAGCAGCAGGAGCCACAGCAGAGACUCGAAAGCUGUUGAAGAAGCGUCCUUCACGAUCGAUACAGGUAUAACGUUUCCGGACACGACAGCAGCAACAACUACAGCAACUGGAACAACAGCAGCAGCAGCAGGGAACGAACCAGCAGCUGGCAGCACCGCGGGGGGCGUGAACUCGGGUGCAAGCCCUGAGGAUGAAACAGGUGCGGCAGUGUUGCAGGCGGAUUCGGCUGCUGCUGCUGCUGCAUCUGCUGCUGCUCCAGCUGCUGCUGUUGCGGGCGCGCCGGACACGCCUCAGGGCUGGGGAACUUCGUUGGAAGUGGCCGAAUUUUCAGGUCAGGCAGAGGGCUUGCGAGAGGCUCUCGGGCCUGCUGCUGCUAGUGCUGCAGCACGCAGCAGCUGGGAUUCUCUGGAAGGCGUAGGCGCUACUAGAGUGCAGCAAGAGCAGCAGCAGGUGCAGCAGCAGCAGCGGCAGCAGCAGCGGCAACAGCAGCAAGAGCAGCAGCAGGGGCGGCACCAAGCGGAAAAGAGACGCAGCAGCGCAGCUACAAGCUUCGAGGACUUCGGGGCAUUCUCCUCCGCCCUAUCCGACAGUGGCUCCGACUUGUCCCCGCGAGAUAGGCAGCAGCAGCGGCAGCAGCAGCAGCAGCAAAGAGCUACCCAGCUGCAACAACAGGACAGCAGCAGCAGCCAGCAGAACAGCUUUGAACAGCCCACGUGGCCUUCCCCUGCUGCUUGGUGGCCCCCAGAGCCCAUUUCUAGCGGCCGAUUUGUUUGGGAUGACCCGGCGGACAAGCAAAAACAGCAGCAGCAGCAGCAGGAGCAACAGCAGCAACCAAAGAAAGAGCAGCAGAAGCAGCCUACUGAGCCACAGCAUUCUUACGAGCAUCCUCCAGCCUACAGGCCCAUGGCGAGCCCUCCAGAGAAAAAGGUUUCUUUCUUGGACUCUUCACCAAGAGAGACAGAUGACUCAGAUUCUGGGUCUGUGGCUGCUGCCUGCGGCAGCCUGCAGCAGCAGCAGAAGCAAGAGUGGCAGCAAAAAGUGGGCGCUGCUGAAAAGCACUCAGUCGGAGAAGCAGCAGAAGCAAGUAGCAGCAACGAGGAAGAGCAGCGACGGUCUGCUGCUGAGUGGAGCGCGGAGGUGGCGCUGCUGCGGCAGCAGCGACGGCAGUUGCAACAGCAGCUAGCUGCUGUUGAAGCCGAUGCAGCACGAACGGAGGCAUCUCUUUCAGCCAGCGAGCAACAGCAGGAGAUGUUGAGGGAGCAGCUGGAGGAGCAGCAGCAGGAGCUGCAGAAGCUGCAGCAGGACCUAAAGGCCAGCCGAGCAGCGCAAAAGGCAGCAGAGGAGGCGCUGCAGACGACGCAGCUGCUGCUGCAGCAAAGAUCCUCAGCGGCAGAAAUGGCGAAAGAGAUGUGGCUGAAGGAGAGCGAGAGGGCGUCGAAGCUUGCAGAUGACCUAGACAUUGCCGAGAGGACCAUCGCGCUCCACGAGGAGGCGAUCUUGGGCAGCAAUGCGGAGCAACGGCGACUGCAGCAGGAGCUGCAUGGCCUGCAGCGGCUGCUUUUCACGACACCUGCUGCAGUACAAGUAGCAGCAACAGCGCGGCCUGCAGCUCUUGGGGGCCGCGCUGACGGACACAAGUCUAAAGCAGCAGCAGCAGCAGACAGGGCUCUCUCUCCUGGGCGCUGCAGCACCGCAAGUUCUUUGCCGGUCGGGCUGGCGGGUGAGUUGCACCGGGGAGUUCGCAGCAACGGGAGGCAGCUGCAGCGGCAGCAGCAGCAACAGGAUCACCUGUUCAGCAGCAGUGCUUGUGUAGAGUCCGUCACGGACACAAUAGAAGAGCCCCUUGCAGCUGGAGAGUCGGCGGCCUGGCGCUUCGCCGUAGGUUGCUUUGCUGCUAUUGCUGUUGCUGCUGCUCGUGGUGGAACUGCUGCUGCGCUGCCAUUCUUGUUGUCUCUAUUGCUUUUUCUGCUGCUGUGCUACUUGGUGGCUGGAGUUAGUAGAUUGUUCAUUAUGUGGUUGCUGCUGUUGCUGCUGCAGCAACGCGGACUUGGAGCGGAUUCGUCGGAAAUGGCGGCAGCAGGAGUUGCUACUGCAGCGGCGCCGGAAGAGUCUUUGUGUCCCAUGCCGCAUGUUGCUGCAGCGAGGUCUAUGGACACCGGCUUUCUGCCGCUGCUGCUAACAGACAGUGGGGUGCUUUUAGAGGACGAGACGCUGCAGAUUGGAGUGCAGAAGACAAUAAAGGGCCUCUCAGGCCGCAUAAGCAUUUACUUCGGCAACAAGAGGAGCAGCAUGCUGCAGCAGUUCUGUUGUGAAUUGCUGCUGCCAGCAAGUGGCGGGUUGCUGCUGGAGCCAGAGGACCCCCAGCGGCAGCUGCAGUACCUCAAGGGCAGGGAACAGGUGGCCCAUCAUUUGCUGCUGCAGUGCGUGGAGCCCUUCGACUACUGCCCAAUGAUGCGCGUCUCUUUCUUGAUGCCCGAUGCCACACCCUGGAGGCGCGAGGUAUUUAUUCCUCUGUCUUUGUCGCGGUUCGUCGAGGGCCAUCAAAUGGGCGCAGAUGACUUCUACCAGCUUUGGAAUUUGCAGCACUUCGCAUUGAACGAAACUGCGUGUGUGCUCAACCUCCACCCCCAACUCCAGGGUUCAAUGCUAUCGCUCGUGCGGCGCCUGCAGCUAGGCGGUGCUCUAGCUCUCUGUGCUGCAGCGGGCGAGAGCCACGCACAGACUCUGGCUGUGGCUGGCAGCAUGCAGCGGCCUUCAGGAAACGUUUUGCCGCAGCAGCAGAAUGAGCAGCAGCAGCAGCAGCAACAGGAAGAGCAACAGACACGACCUGUCGUUCGUCUCGUUGUUUUGGCCCGGCUAGAGCUGGGGUCGGGCCAGCAGCAGGGCCGCGCCCGUCUGGUGGUGCGGGCGAGCGACGGCGUGCUGAGCUCGGCCAUUCGGUCUGAGGUGUAUGCACAGCUGGCGAGGGCCCCAAUAGCGUCUUGA